ACUCCUUAUUUGGGCGGACGUCCCACCCUCUGGCUGUUUCGGGCGACUGAGGCCGGCCGCAGAAGUGAUGGCGGCUUUGACCGAUGUGCAGCGGCUACAGUCCCGAGUGGAGGAGCUGGAGCGCUGGGUGUACGGGCCGGGCGGGACCCGGGGCUCCAGGAAGGUGGCUGACGGUCUGGUCAAGGUGCAGGUGGCUCUAGGGAACAUCGCCAGUAAGCGGGAGAGGGUGAAGAUCCUCUACAAAAAGAUUGAAGACCUGAUCAAGUACCUGGAUCCUGAAUACAUCGAUCGCAUUGCCAUCCCUGAUGCCUCAAAGGUGCAGUUCAUCUUAGCAGAGGAACAGUUCAUCCUCGCCCAGGUGGCGCUCCUGGAACAAGUGGACGCCUUGGUGCCCAUGCUGGACAGUGCUUCUAUCAAAGCUGUUCCUGAGCACGCUGCCCGCCUGCAGCGCUUGGCCCAGAUCCACAUCCAGCAGCAGGACCAGUGUGUGGAGAUCACUGAGGAGUCCAAGGCUCUCCUGGAGGAAUACAACAAGACUACGAUGCUGCUCUCCAAGCAGUUUGUCCAGUGGGAUGAACUACUCUGCCAGCUGGAGGCUGCCAAGCAAGUGAAGCCAGCAGAAGAGUGACAGCUGCUUACUAUGCCCGGCCAGGGAAAGGCGGGCAGGCUCCAGGACCCCGGGGGCUGCUUACCAUGCCCGGCCAGGGAAAGGCCGGCAGGCUCCAGCACCCGGGGCCAACCUGCCUGUAUGAGGCAGGGACGGCUUUGUCUGCACUGAAUUCAGAGACUGUCUGCCUGUGCUCAGCGACGGCUCUGAGGUCAGAGGUCAGGUCCCCUUAGAGUCAUGAUUUGCACUCCCAUCAAUGUAUUUAUUCCAAUGACAAUAAACUGUAGAGGCCACCGAA